GUCACAAGCUUCCAAGAUGGCGCGGAGCGGGCGGCUGUGAGCGGCGCUCUGGGCGCGCUGGGCGGAGAGCCGAGCGGGGGCCGGCGGAGGGCGGACAGGGCGGGCGCGUGCAGCUCAGGUCGGGCGCCCCAGACGAGGAGCCUCUGGCAGGCACCUGAGGUAACCAGGCUUUGAUGCACCCUCAGGAAGUCUGUGCACUCGAGGAGGCCACCCCCGCCGGCUGCUGCUCACAUGGUUUCUGGGCCCCUGGCACUCCGGUGGUGCCCGUGGGCAGGGCACAGGGACAUGGGGCCAGACAUGGAGCUUCCCAGCCAUUCAAAACAGCUCCUGCUACAGCUGAACCAGCAGAGGGCCAAGGGCUUCCUGUGUGACGUCAUCAUCAUGGUGGAGAACUCUAUCUUCCGGGCCCACAAGAAUGUCCUGGCUGCUAGCAGCAUCUACUUCAAGUCCCUGGUCCUGCAUGAUAACCUCAUCAACUUAGACACAGACAUGGUCAGCUCCACUGUGUUCCAGCAGAUCCUGGACUUCAUCUACACAGGCAAACUCCUGCCCAGUGACCAGCCAUCUGAGCCAAACUUCAGCACUCUACUCACUGCUGCCAGCUACCUCCAGCUGCCUGAGUUGGCAGCCCUCUGUCGCCGCAAACUGAAGCGAGCUGGCAAGCCCUUUGGCCCUGGACGAGUGGGUACUGCUGGCAUAGGGCGACCAACCCGCAGUCAGCGGCUGUCCACAGCCUCUGUCAUCCAGGCUCGGUUUCCAGGGCUUGUAGAUGUGCGUAAAGGACACCCUGCUCCCCAGGAGCUCCCUCAAGCCAAAGGCUCAGAUGAUGAGCUUUUUCUGGGCACCUCCACUCAGGAGAGCACACACGGUCUGGGCUUGGGGGGCCCAGCUGGUGGGGAGGUGGGCUUGGGGGGCUGCAGCACCAGCACCAAUGGGAGCAGUGGGAGCUGUGAGCAGGAGCUGGGCUUGGACCUGUCUAAGAAGAGCCCACCCUUACCUCCUACAACCCCUGGCCCCCACCUCACUCCUGAGGACCCAGCCCAGCUGAGUGACAGCCAGCGAGAGUCACCCGCACCCACGUCGACCUCUGCCCUGCCUGUCGGCAAUAGUGCCUCAUUUGUUGAGCUGGGGGCCACUCCUGAUGAGCCCAUGGAUGUGGAAGGGGCUGAGGAAAACCACCUGAGUCUGCUGGAAGGACAGGGUGGGCAGCCUCGCAAGAGCCUCCGCCAUUCAGCCCGCAAAAAAGAUUGGAACAAAAAGGAGCCUGUGGCUGGGUCCCCCUUUGAUCGGAGAGAAACGGGGUCUAAGGGUUCCUGCCCAGGGGAAGAAGGUGAGGGGUCUGGGGACAGGGUUCCCAAUGGCGUUCUGGCUAGCAGUGCUGGUGGAGGUGGCCCCAGUGCAUCGUUCGGGGAGCAGUCAUUCCCCUGCAAGGGGGAGGAGGAGAAUGGCAAAGAUGGGAGUGAGGACAGUGGGCAGAGUGGGAGUGAGGGGGGCAGUGGCCACACUGGCGCCCACUACGUAUACCGGCAGGAAGGCUAUGAGACAGUGUCAUAUGGAGACAAUGUGUAUGUGUGCAUCCCCUGUGCCAAGGGCUUCCCCAGCUCUGAGCAGCUCAAUGCUCACGUGGAGACACACACGGAGGAGGAGUUAUUCAUCAAGGAAGAAGGGGCUUAUGAGACCGGCAGUGGGGGUGCAGAGGAGGAGGCUGAGGACCUGUCAACACCCAGUGCAGCCUACCCAGCUGACUCUCGUCCUUUCAAGUGCUCAGUUUGUGAGAAGACCUACAAGGACCCAGCCACACUGCGGCAACAUGAGAAGACACACUGGUUGACCCGUCCGUUCCCCUGCAACAUUUGUGGAAAGAUGUUCACACAGCGAGGCACUAUGACACGCCACAUGCGGAGCCACCUGGGCCUGAAGCCCUUUGCCUGUGAUGAGUGUGGCAUGCGUUUCACUCGCCAGUACCGCCUCACAGAGCACAUGCGUGUGCACUCAGGUGAAAAGCCCUACGAGUGCCAGCUCUGUGGAGGCAAGUUCACCCAACAGCGCAACCUCAUCAGCCACCUGCGCAUGCACACUUCCCCUUCCUAGAAGCCAAAGACCCGUGGGAGCCCUCUACAGACUUGCCACUCGGGAACCCACGGAAGCAUGGUGGGAGGGUUGAGCCCCAAAGUCCGACAUGAGGCUCCUGGCAGCCCCUCUGGCCCAGCCUCCUCACACCCAGAGCUUUAAUCAACAGUGUACCAAGGGAAGCCAAGAGAAGCUGACCAGUCUAAGCCCUCUGCAUGUGGUGCUGGUGAUAGUCUACCUCCCGCUCCUACUGGGCUUUCCAGCUCCCCUGAAGGAGCUGCUGAAGAGCCAGUGGGAGUCCAUCAUGUGGGUUCCAGUGGGGCCUGGUUGGCUCCUUUCCUGCAGGUUGGGCUGGGCCACAGGGCUUCCCGUGGCCAAAAGUGGUGCCUGGAGCAGGUCUAGCUGGCAGGGACUCGACUGUGUGUGUGCAUGUGUGCUUGUGUCUUUGCAGUGCAGUGUGACUCUGGUGUUGGGAUGCUGGUGCUGGGUGGCAGUUCCUUUCUCUGUGAACUGGGGUGGCAACUGCUAGCUGGCACUGGAACAGUCAGGGUGACCCACUGCCUACCUCUCUGCAACUAAAGAGCCCUCUGGGCCUAGAUUGCUGUUAUUCCUACUGAGCUGUUCCUAUUUCUUUUUUACAGUUUUUAAAAAUUCUUUUUUAAAACCAAAAUGAACAAUAUUUUCCUCCUGCCUCUUUGGGGUUGAGCCUGGGUCUGCAGACUGAAUGUAACCGGGGCAGCUGCCCCUCCCUGUUGUUUUCCCCAGUCCUGGUGCUUGGGCAUGGUUGAACCUGCCUCUCCAAGGCUCCAGAAGCCCUUCUUGCCCAAAGGCUUCCCUGAUCCUGAGCCCUGCCUGCCUGGGCUUCCUCAGGAGAAUAUGCUUUUCCAUAAUUUCCAAGGAAUGUCUCUUGUUAGAGGUACUUUUAUUGAGAACCACACCCUCCCCCCAUAUACCUUUUUGAGAUGUUGGAACUGGAAGGUCUGAAGUUUCAGAGGGUGGAGGGGAGGCUAGAUUCGGUGCCAGAGCCAUCUGUACUCUUGCUCUCGUGCGCACACAUGUCGUCUGUGCGUCUCUAUGUGCGUGCGUGCGUGUGUGUGUGUGUGUGUGUGUGUGUGUGUGUGUUGCUUAUGCACAGAUGCUUCACUUCCUUGCUCACUGAACAUGGUGGGGAGCCUUCUGACCUUUGCUACCUCUUGAACCUCUUGAAUUCAGUACCCAGUACAGUUGAGGCUGAGCCAUUUGCUUUUGUUUUUCUGUAGUGGAAGUAACCUGGGCUUGGGCUGGCCCGAGCCCCUUGUGGGACCCAGUGUUCUCUGAAGAGAUGUCUGCUGCUCAAGGGAUGUUGUGUGUGGGGCAGGUGCUGGGCAUCUGAGUAACAGACAGAAGCCAUUAGGAAGGAGCAGCUCCCUUUUAUGAGCCAGGGUCAGGUGGAAGUGAGCCCGCCCCAUCCUGUCCCCUCCAGAGCUCAGGUAUGUCUGGUAACCUCCUGCAGAGCCAGAGGUAAUGGUUGACCCCUUUCUAUACUGACUCAGUACAGGGUUAAGCUAACCCUCCCAUGGGUAUAUCAGCCAGCCUCAGAUGUUUGCAUGGGCUUCUGCAAGGGGCAAGGCAAGACCAAGAGUGUCUGUGCUCUGUCCCAGAUGGGCCUAGAGGCCUUAUCAUCAUGUUGCUUCAUGGCUUUUCAUUUCCCUUUUGAUUUUUUUUACUUCAGACCAAAAAAUUCCAGAGUCAUCCCCUGCUUGCCUCCACCCCUCAGAGACCCUGGAGCCUAUGUUCAGUACCCAGAGAGUGUUGGGUGUGGGAGCGAGGGCAUCUGGCCAGACCUCCACAUGGUGCCCUUGUACUGAGCCAGCUCUCCAUCAGCCCUCACCUGGAAUCUUAGUUCUCUGACUGAGCAUCUGAAUGCAGACCAGGGCACUAUUCUACCCAGGGAAGUAGCAGGGCAUGCUAACCCCUGCCACCCACCCACCCACCCACCCACCAGCACUUAAGUCCUAGGACAUAAGGUCUGUAUGGCGUGGGAACCCUGUGUGGCCUCCCAGGCUGCGGGUACCCUCAUUUGCAGAAAUUCAGGGACUAGGAGCAGAGCCCCUCACUCAGCAUGUAUGUGCGACAGAGUACUGUACUCACCUUAGUGUUGUACCAAGCCUUUUCUGUAUUUUAAUGAGAAAGCAAAACACUAGUUUCCUAUUUAAGAUUUAAGGGUUGUUGGGAUGGGUGGGAUCCACACUUGGAUUCUCUUUCCUUUGUUUCCACUGGUGCAUGCCUAUGAGUGUGUCUCUGUGUGUGUCUGUGUGUGUGGAGAUAUAAGAGCCUCAUGGAAACCAGGCCAUAGGAGGCCAAGGCAGCGAACAGUUCUCUGUUUUAGUCAUUUAAUUGCUAAAUGUUUUGGGGAAACCGGAAACAGAAAAUAGCAGAUGUCAUGUAGAAAAAAAGAAAAAGUUUAAAAAAAAAAAAAAAUCAAAAGAAAAAAAAGCUCAUACCCAAAUUCACAAAACCUAUUUUUUAAACCAAAGCACAUUUUGAAUGAGUGUGGAACCUCAGUGGGCUCAAAAAAUACUAAUAUAUUUAUCUCAUUGUUUACAUAAACUUAUACAGUUUCAGACCUCAGCACCUACAACACCAGUCCCAGGGAAGCUCUCCCCUCCCACCUGGGUCCUUCUGAGGCGACCCUUGAGCAGCUCAAGGGCAGAGGCAGCCCUGGGUGCUGGGUAAAGGCUAGAAGUCCCCCUAGCUUCACCUGAGCCCUCAUCCCCAGUUUUUUGGGGCCUCUUCAAGCUCAGCUGCCACCAAAGAGCAUGCACCAAGCUGACCAGCCCCCCAGGCUUCCUAGCUGAACCCAGGGGGUGGAUUUGGCCCUGCCCGUGAGCCUUGUGUUACUUUGAGAGUCACUCAAGCCAAAAAAGCAGGUAGCUUUAUGAAGCUCAGUGGACUCCGUCAUGCAUGCACCCUACCCCGGGCAGCAGAAGGGUCUGACUGGAGUCUGGUCCUUACUAACAGAUGGUGCAGACACUCUCAACAGUGUUGUUUUUGUAUCAAUGUUUGUGCAGUGAUGAAUGUAUUUAUUUCUCAGACUUAGGGCAAUCUGGUGGAGCAGGCCCGGCUCUGCCAGAGCCCAUUCCCACCGGACCGAGCUACUGCAAGGGCUCUUCCAAGGUUGCAAAAAGGAAAAGAUGAACUUAUGAACAUGUAAGGAUCUCAGACUUGCAGCAUAGCCAUACACCUCAACUGUGACUCCUGACCUCAUGUGGCCCAGGAAGUGUGUUUUCCGUCCAUCAACACUGAGGGGAGCCAGGUCCCCACCUGCUGUCCACACUAUCAGUAUUCACUGGACCUCAGGUCCUUGUGCAGGAGUGCGAUCUGCCAGGCUGUCUGUCAGCAGGCAGACUGCUGCCUUCCUGAGAAGGGGAAACCCUGGGCAGCCGGGAGGGCAGGGCUCAGGGAGCAAGUGAAUGAAUGAAUGAAGGCAGAAGCUAAGGGCAAGGCCUGUAAAGAUUGGACAGGCUCUCGAAGCCCUGCUGUGCUCGAUUAAAGGGACCAAGGUCUUCCUUUCCCCGGUCAUGAUGGGGCCAAUGUUACUGAACCUAUGAAAUGGAUGCCAGGAAUGAGGGAUAGAGAGGGACCCGACCUCAGUCUGACAUUCCAACCCAGGAAAGGGUGGGAGCUGUGGAUCCGUGCUGCCCAGGACCCCUUCCUAGGAAACCUGCAGCUUCAGUCACCUUACUUUAACUUUCUACCAGGGACCCCUCCCCCUACCUCACCUUGCUAUUUAUUGCUGUAAUUUAUUGACCUCAAAAAUGCUGCAUAACAGACCUCACUUGGGUCAGGGAGAGUUCCCAGGGUCCUCCCCUCCACUUGGUGGGGCCCCAUGGGGCCAGGUGCUGAGAGGAACCCCCUGUACCCACCCAUCACUCAUUUCCUCCAGGAGCCCCAGGUUGGGUUCUGUCCAUCCCAUUUGCAAAUACCUCAGGAGGGAUGGGGUAUAUCUGUUUCAUUUAAUUGGAACUGGAAGAGGGAUCACGACAUCCUUUAUGCCCUUCCCCGAGCAGGGGAGGGAUGCUAGGAUCGCACUCCUGUACUGGUCACCCUCAUUGCCACUCAUCACAUUGAUUUGAGUUUACUUCCCUAAAGAGUUUGGAUGGAUGCAUUCAGGUCAGAGCUGCAGCUCUGCAGCCCUCCUAUGUUAGAGUGAUUUAUCCAUGACUAAUCUCUCCAUUCAAAAUGCAGUCUUAAUGUACAGUGAUGAGAAACUGUUAUUUUAUGAUCUUUUCAUUAAAAGCUUGAUUGAAAACUG